UCGUUUCCCUCACUUAUGUCUUCACUUCCUGAAAUAUAGAGGACGCAGAGAUCAAAUUCAAUCCCCAUAUGCAUAAAGAGGGCAUUUCCAGCUUUCUUCCAUGAAAAGAUCAGAACUUGCUGAAAAAAUAUGAGAGUCCAUAGAAGUAAAGAAAUACUCCAUCUCAUUCUUGUUUACUCCUGCAUCAUAAUCCUGUCAUUGAUUCCUUUAUCAGACAAUUUUGAAUUGAGUUCCCCCUUAUUUGUCAUUGGAAAUGUGGGCCAAGAUGUAAUCCUACCAUGCCAUGUCAAUUUUAAGACACAAGCAAAACUUACCACAAUUCAAUGGAACAAAAGAGUCAACAGUACCAUUGAGAACAUCUACCAAUUUACAGCAUCUGUUGGUGAGGCUAUCUAUGGACAGAACUAUAAGGCCAGAGCAGUUGUUUCCAAAGAAGGAUUGGACACUGGAGAUGUCUCCUUAAAGCUGAAAAAGGUCCAGAUGUUUGAUGAAGGAAAUUACAGUUGCUCAGUCAAAUCAUCUGAAGACUGGGUAGAUCAGGUCCAAAUAGUUCUUCAGGUGGAAAAGUUAGGAGGCAAUUCAUCAACACCAUCAUGCUUGAACUGGGCUCUUCCUUUACUUUGCAUCUUAAGUGUCCUACUUCCGCUUCUAAUAGCUGGAUUGGUUUUUUAUUGCAAAAGAAAAGAAAAACAGAUGAAAGCCCAGAUGAAAAAUUCAGAAAAUAAUCCAAAUCCACUUGUAGAACAACCCCAAGAAAACAGAGUUCUGCUUUCACCAUUCAAAAUACAAGAUACACAGGACCAGUUGGGUAAGUAGAUCUAUGCCAAUUAUAAUUCUUCCAUUCAAAAUACCAGUGCCUAAUGUAAGUCUUCAGAAUCACUUGAGGGAUUAUGUCUGUCUUCCUUUCCAGUUAAACACAAGUGACAUCACCUUCAGAUUCCCAGGAUCUAUGUUCUAGAGUAGGUUUGCCAUGUUCCUGCUACAGUGUGGAAGUACUACUUUCAAUCACUUUACCACCAUCUAGAUGAACCCCCCCCCCCAAUAUUUACA